AAGUAACAAACCCUAAAAACACCAUAAAAAUGGCAAGCAAUAGAAGUUUAUUUUUUAUCAUUUUUGCAACGAUUGUUGUUUUGGGUGCAAUUACUCGGGUGAAAGCUUAUACAUCCAAUUAUUGUGGGCCAUGGUCCCGUUGCCCAGGGAAAUAUAUCGAAUGCCCUUCUGAAUGCCCUGAAAGCCACUCUUACAUCCCUCGCGCUAGAGUUUGUCGCAUUGACUGUGAGGACCCUAAAUGUCAGUCUAUAUGCGUACGGAAAUAUACACCGGACUGUGGUGGCCCAGGAUCGGCAUGCGGCGACCCACGAUUUAUCGGAGGAGACAACAUCGUGUUCUACUUUCACGGCAAGGUUAACGAGCAUUUCAGUUUGGUCUCCGAUUCUAACCUUCAAAUCAACGGACGAUUCAUCGGACACCAACCCACCGGUAGAUCCAGGCCCUUCACCUGGAUCCAAGCCUUGGGUCUCCUCUUCAAUUCCCAUAGUUUCUCCCUAGAAGCUAUUAAAUCCGCCACCUGGGACGGCGGAAUCGACCACCUGAAAUUCUCCUACGAUGGAGAAGAUGUUUCGUUAGCUCUUGGUGGUUUUUCGUCAUGGAAGUCGCCGGAGGGUGAAAUCGAAGUGGAGAGGACUUCUGUCGUGAACAGUGUGAUUGUUACCAUACCUGGAGUGGUGGAGAUUUUGGCGAAUGUGGUGCCGAUAACGGCGGAAGACGACAGAAUCCAUGGCUACAAAGCGCCUUCUGAUGACUGCUUUGCUCACUUGGAAGUUCAAUUUAAGUUUAGCAGACUUUCCGACGGAGUGGAAGGGGUGUUGGGUAGGACAUAUCAGCCGGAUUUCAAGAAUCCGGCGAAGCCAGGGGUGGCUAUGGCGGUUGUAGGAGGAGAGAACAAGUAUAGAACCACCUCUUUGUUGUCGUCCGAUUGCGCAGAGUGCAUCUAUGAUUCGAGAAAUGAGAAGCAGAUGAUCAACGAGCACGGAACAUUAGAUUGUUCUACCAAGGGAUUGUUCCAUGGAAAUGGAAUUGUUUGCAAGAAAUGAGGGGUGACGAUCUUCAAAGAAUUAUAAUGAUCAUAUAUUCUAGAAAUAAAUUCACUAUAAAAUGAUUAAUAUAUAAGAUAUAAUGUUUAAUAUCUCAAUGGAAAAAUGUAAUGC